UUGGCUGCAUGCCAUGGAUGACGCUGUUUUUUAGAGCUAGAAAAAGAGAGCUAAAAACACCCGUUGGUGUGUGAGUUCUGUGUCGACUAAACGAAAACCGACUAUCCCUUACAAUGGCAGACGUAGACGCACCUUAUGAUCCUAAUGAUACCAUCAACUCCUCUGUAGUAUCAGCAGAUACCACCUUGCCUAAUGCUGAUGACGUCUUAUCACCAGAAAAGAGUGCAAGUGCUAACGAUGAAGUUGCUAACGGUGAAGUUGCUAACGGUGAAGUUGCUAACGGUGACGUGAGUCACGUAGACACAAACCAGGAGGAAGCCCAAGAUGGGACUGCAGUAGAUGAGGCGGUGGCAGAGACGGUGGAGGAGAAGGUAGAAGAGGCAGUCGACGAUGCAGCAGACGAGGUGGCAGAUGUCGAAGACAUCAAACCGCUCCUUCCGAAAACAUUUUACAAGGAUGGCGAGCUUGCACCUGCAGACUGUCUUUGGACCACUAAGGCGGGAGGUGCAGUUAAAUCUCGGAUCUCCGAUACCAAUAAAGAGAUACCCACAGAGACGGUGCAUUCGGCAAUCGCGAGAGCUGUGAAGAAUUUCCCAAAUAAUAUUGCGUUGGCUACGAAAAGAAAUGGCGUGUGGAUGAAAUGGACUUAUACGGAGUAUUACAGCGAUGUACGCAGUGCUGCCAAGGGAUUUCUCAAGCUUGGUCUUGAACGUUACCAUGGCGUUGGUAUAAUUGGAUUCAACUCUCCGGAAUGGUUCAUCUGCUCCAUGGGCUCAAUGUUUGCUGGCGGUCUAGGAACAGGUAUUUACACAACCAAUUCAGCCGAGGCUUGCCAGUACGUCGCCGAUAAUUGCCAAGCCAACGUCAUCGUUGUGGAGAAUAAGACGCAUCUGAACAAGAUCCUGAAAGUUUGGGACAAGCUUCCGCACCUCAAGGCAAUUGUACAAUACUCUGGCAAACUGGAAGAGAAGAGAGAUAAUGUAUACACAUGGUCAGAAUUUAUGGAAAUCGGUCAGGACGUUCCAGACGCUGACCUGGAUGACAUCAUCAACUCUCAGGCGCCCAAUCAUUGCUGUACGCUCAUCUACACAUCAGGAACAACGGGUAACCCCAAAGGGGUCAUGGUCAGCCAUGAUGGGUUUUUGUGGCAAGCGAAAAGCUGCGCCAAAGCUGCCCACCUGAAGCAAGGCGUCGAGUCGGUAGUCAGCUAUCUACCAGUGUCUCAUGUACUCGCUCAGCUGUUCGACAUCUACAUCCCUCUGGUUACAUGUGGAGCCGUUUAUUUUGCCCAACACGACGCCCUCAAGGGUACGUUAGUCACUACACUGAAGGAAGUCAGACCGACCGGCUUCAUAGGGGUGCCAAGAGUGUGGGAAAAGAUUCAAGAGAAAAUGAAAUCCAUCGGAGCUAGUAAUACGGGCUUCAAGAAGAGGAUAGGUGACUGGGCUAAGGAUAUCGGACUCAGGGGUCAUGCUGCCCUGGAGAAACGUGCAAUGCAGUCCAACCAGGGCUGGUGGCAAUAUUUUUGGGGAGUGAUAAGUGAACCGUUACCAUGGGGAUGGACAUUGGCGAAUCUACUGGUUUUCAGAAAGGUUCGUCAGGCUCUUGGACUUGACAGGUGUUUUCUGACCUUCUCGGCCGGCGCACCCAUAGCCACAGAUACACUCAACUACUUCUUGAGUAUCAACAUACCAGUCUAUGACAUCUAUGGCAUGAGUGAAAGCUCAGGUCCACACACCAUUUCGAUGCCGGACUGCUACAAGAUGGGAAGUGCUGGUCAGUGUCUUGCCGGAGCUGAGACUAAGAUUCAUGAUCCAGACAAGGAUGGGAUCGGUGAGGUGUGCUACAACGGACGCCAUGUGUUCAUGGGUUACCUCAACAUGGAGGAGAAGACCAGAGAAACCUUAGAUGAAGAUGGAUGGUUACAUUCUGGUGAUCUCGGCUACGUGGACGACAAAGGGUUCCUCUAUAUUACAGGUAGAAUCAAAGAGUUAAUCAUCACAGCAGGUGGUGAGAAUGUUCCACCGGUACCCAUCGAGGACUCCAUCCUGAAUGAGACUGCCAUACUGAGUAACUGUAUGUUGAUUGGUGACCAGCGCAAGUUCCUCUCGAUCAUUGUAACAUUGAAGGUUAAAAUCGACGAAGCUAGCCAGGAGUCCACGGAGGAUUUGAACGGCGAAGCCCUAGCCAUCUGUAAGAAACUCGGCAGUGAGGCCAAGACGGUCGCUGAGGCAGAGACAGACGAGAAGAUCUCACAGCACAUCCAGAAGGGCAUCGACGCCUACAAUAAGCAGGCUGCGUCCAGAGCCCAGAUGGUACAGAAGUGGAAGAUACUCAGAAAGGAUUUCACAGUCGCUGGCGGAGAAUUAGGUCCGACGCUGAAACUGAAACGACCGAUAGUAACCAAGCAGUAUGCCGAGUUGAUUGACUCAAUCUACGGAGAGAGUUAGUUUAAAACUCUGUCAAAUUCAUGGAAGUCGAAUCGACCCGGUUCGAUCUGUUCUCAAUUUUGCCGUCAUGAUUUUACUUUGCAUCAACAUUCUCAUUUUGAGAAUGGGCCAGGUCUGAAUUUCAUUGAACCACUUUUGAGUUCAACAAAAUUACUUAGCAUGGAAAGAAGUUUGCUAAGUAAAAAAUGGUUACCAGCCAAAGUACAAUGCCACGUGUGUUCUAUUUGUGACUGGUGCCCCGCUCAGUUUUUUUUCUGCGAAGAAACUUGAUGAGCGUGUUCUGUACUUCAGCAGUUCUGUGAAAUUUCAGAACAACCAACUCGUUCCCAUAAAUCCAGUAAAUAUCCUACAACAUGGCCGUUAUCAAAAAUAUAAUUAAGGGAAGUUAACAAAACGAGAGUACUCUCAUGUUCGCAAAAUUGUUGGUUAAAAAGGUUUUAGAACAUCCUGGCCAGUUAAAAAUUAUUUCAAUUUACCUAAACAUUAACCGCGUGGAUACAUAUUGAGCUAAUAGUACCAAUGAAUUAACAUUUAUAUAUAUAUUAUAUAGGAAAUUAAAACCAGUGUGCAGGGUAUUUAACUCGAUGUCACUUUGUAGAGGAACUCCGCUAAUUGUCAGCACCAAAAUGCAAUAAAAAUUACUGUGAAUGAAAUAAAAAACGAGAUGUUUCAGAAAUAGCUUUGAUCCUAAAAGUCAAGCGGAGAUUGUACUAAAAGUUUUUCCUACAUAUAGGCUGAAGUGAGUAAAUGGUGGUUAAGUUAAGUGGGCUUUUACCCGUAGCAAUGUAAAUCACAUACAAAAAAAAGUGGUGGCAGAAAUAGUUUACCAACCAAAAUUCAGUGUCAAAUGUGUUACUUAUAGCUGGUUCCCUGCCAAACAUGUGUGAACUCACAAGCACGCAGAGAUUGGCCUUUGCUUAUUAUGGCCAGUUUAUCAUUGAAUGCGACGAUAUGCAUUACAUAACAAUAAAAUACAUCUGCGUUAAUACCACUCACUUGCAUUGUUAGAGGAAUAGGUUUGUUUCACUUGUGAGAAGAUAUGUAUAGUCUGGUAUCCACACCAUAGCAUUUCCCCAUCGAACCAAAGUUACCCACCAUGAGAGCUAGGGUGCUGUACUGAUUAAAUCCAACCUCAUUCGUGACCAAAAGUAAGUUUUAGUCAAAACACUGCUCUGUUGUAGUCAAUAUACACUUGUAGCUGAAACUAAAAUAAAUUGCCUUGUGAUGCAGGCAUUUGGUUAUAUACUGGGGUUUCGAUUUGCAGGUUUAUUUUGUUCAUCAAGAUUGUGGGUUCAAAGGAGUUAUUUGACCAAUAACCAAUAAAAUUCAUUUUCCAGUGACUGCCAAAACACCCCUGGUUGGAUGUGUUGAUGGAUUGCAUGUUAAUUACAAUGGAUUGUGAAGUAAAAUACACCCAACUAUUAUUUGCUGUUCAUUUGCUGUGACCUACAUACCCAACACUGAAGUGUACCCCAAACCGAAUUGUUUGAAGUGUGUUGAUUGAAGUGCAUAUUUCAUCUUGCCAUUUAUACGUCUAUUUGUGUUGAAUGACCAAUAGAAACCAUUCAACAGUCCUCGCUCUUGAUCAUAGACUUUGUGCACACACUAUAGCUGUACCCUUGUAUCAAAGUGUACCUAACCAUGCAUGAUCAGUGAACCGUGCAAAUGGACUCAGGGUAGGAGGGUUAGGUUGUGCUGCGAUUGUGCCCACACACAUGCACACAGCUCUGUGCUGUGCACUCACUGUGUGGACAUUUCUUUGUUCUAUAAUCUUUUAAGGAAAAUCCUAUCCUUCAACACUGUAAAUUACACUGUGUGGACGUGUGUAAGUGCACAAAAUAUUUCAAGUCCCUACACUACAUGUGAACUUGUUUUGUUUUCGGGUCCACCCUUUGUAUAAAGCAUUAAAACAGACACACAGGGAACUCAGCAAGAUAGCUGGAGCUUGUUAUAUGA